AUGCCUCAUCUAAUUCGACUUGAAGAUAGGCAUCCCGUAAAUCUAAUUGCGAAAAGACUUUGCUACCGUGCAUUUCUGACCAUAUUUCUUGCGGAGUCGGCAAUGGGUAUUUGUUUAACUCUAAUGCUUCAUUUAAGCCUGUUGAAUAGUCAAUACAGACUCUGACCUUUCCGUUUUGUUUCCUGACUGCUAGAAUAGGAGCAGCCCAAUCCGCGAAUUCGAUUGGUUUAAUUGCACCAAUAUUCAACAAUCUGUCUAUUUCUUCCUCAACUGACUUUUUGACUCCGAGCGGGACUGGUCUUGCUCUAAUAAAGACUGGUUUUGUUCCCUUUUUCAAAUGGAGAUGUGCUUUUAUUUUACUACAAUUGCCUAAUCCUGGUUCGAAUACUUGACUAAAUUUCGCCUUCAAUUCCUCCUCUAUACUUUUUUUACUGUCAUGGACCAUAAAUACUUCAUUUUCUUUUCCGACUAUAUCUUUAGGUUCCGCUUUGUU